CUGGCGUGAUCACCAUGGUCCUGGUUUGGCUGGCUGCUGCGUCUGCCGCGCUCUCUCCACGUCCGGUGCGGCGAACGCGUCUUCUCCGCUCAUCAACGCCGACGAUGGGAAAUGGCGCCGACUACGGCCCCCCGCAGUCUGCAGCCCUAGCAACGCCGACUCCCGACCCCUCGACAGUCGAGGCUCUGCGGGCCCAGACGGAGGGCGCGACGCGCGACUCGGCGGCCCCCGCGGCGCCCAUGCCGCUGCCGUCGCAGGUUGCCGCGCCUCGCGGCGGAAACUUUGCGCCGAUCCCGCCUCAAGCGGCCGUGGCGCCGGACCCUUCAGCCGUCCCGAACCCUUCGGCCGUGUCGAACCGGAUGGGCGGCGACGAGGCGAGUGCGCGGCGGCUGUGGCAGGUGGUUGCGCAGUCGUUCAAGGCGGCGGAGCAGCGGGCUAUCCCGAGUGAGGACAUCGACAACGUCGGCUCCAUCGCAGGCGAGGAGCGGGUCCCAUUCUGGGAGCAGCCCGAGGACUACGCAGAGACGCAGCGCAAGGACCGGCGCACCAUAUUCAUGCACGACGACUGGGUGCGGCACCGCUCGAGUGAGCGCUUCCUGCGCAACAUGCUCUCCAUCCCCUCCAGCGGCAUUAACCGCGCGCUGUACAAGGAGCUCGAGCUCGUCUUCGUCACGUCGGUCGCGGCGUUCGUCGUCGCAUUCAACUGCCUCUUCGUCAGCUACCAGACGAUGAGCUUGCCGGCGCUCCCCUUCACCAUCGCCAUGCCGGCGCUCUCCCUCCUCCUCGUCUUCCGCACAAACACGGCCUACUCGCGCUGGAACGACGCGCUAGAAGCGGAAUGCCGUCUCCCCACCCUGACCUCGGUUAUUGGCGACGCUAGGAAUGAGGCCCGCACGCUCUGGGGAGGCCUCAUCAACAAUUGCCGCAACGUCGUGCGGCAGAGCAACCAGUACUUCCCAGAUGACGCCCGCCACACCACGCUCAAGCGGCGCAUGGCAGCGGAGACGACCGCCUUCGCGCGCGCACUGCGCAACUUUCUCCGCGGCCCGUCCGACGACGACGUGCUGCGCGGCGAGCUCUACGAGCUCGUGAGCGCCGGGCUGAUGUCGCCUGCCCAGGCCGAGGCGACCAUGUCCGCAAGCAAUCGGCCGAUGUUUUGCUUGCAAGCCAUGUCGGCGACGCUGCGGCGGGCGGACAUCGACAGCAUGAACAUGGGUCGCAUCGAUACGUCCAUCUCUGUCCUGGUCGACCUGACCGGGGCCAACGAGCGCAUCUUCAAGUCGCCGAUCCCGCUGAUGUACACGCGGCUACUGGCUCGCUUCCUGUCCGUCUUUCUCGUCCUGAUGCCGCUUGGCCUUUGGCAAGCGCUCGGAGAGUCAUGGAAUCACUGGGCCACCAUCCCAGCCACCUUCGUCAUCUCCUUCUUCCUGUUUGGCAUCGAGGAGGCGGGCAUUCAGCUCGAGGAGCCAUUCUCAGUGCUGCCGAUCGAGGCCUUUUGCAACGGCGCCAUCGCCGCCGCAGCGGACGAAAUGUUGGCCGCCGACGGCUCGAAAGUCUUCGACGAGGUCCCGGUUGUCUGAGAGCGCCGCCGCCGGGGUGCGCAAUCUAGAGUGGAGAGGUUUUGAGAAGGCCGCGCAUGACGGCAUGGCGGCAUGACCAUGAGUGCUCUCUGUAGGUGGCUCCGGCCAAGGUCAUAGCGUGACCCAGAGUAUGUCUCGGAUCAGCCGAAAGCCGUAAUGUCUAGGAAGGUGUGGCCAGCUCGAGUAGGAACGCAGCCCCCGUGGAGGAACGCACUCCCCAUUAGAGGGAGCACGCCUCACUUGUCACGUCAGAGCGUGGAGUGACCGGGGCGUAUUGCAAUAAUCGGUAAUCGUGGCCGUGGGCGUGGCCAAGAUAAUUAUGGCAUAUGCAAAUAAAACGG